GAACACCUGGGGGUGCCACUGAAGAAUGCGUGGAAAGUGGUCAACACUGUGCGGAGUCACUACUUCCUCUUCUACACCAGGACUGCAGAAGAGAAGCUGGAGUGGAUGAGGGCCUUUGGCCGGGAGCGGGCCCAGGUCAGGCAGGACCUGGAGCAGGGCAUCGUGUUCACGGAGCGCGAGAAGGAGGACGCGAGGAGGGCAGCACUGGCCACCAGGACCAACACCAAGUUCAACAAGAAGCCCAAGGGUAUGACUGCAGAAGAGAAGCUGGAGUGGAUGAGGGCCUUUGGCCGGGAGCGGGCCCAGGUCAGGCAGGACCUGGAGCAGGGCAUCGUGUUCACGGAGCGCGAGAAGGAGGACGCGAGGAGGGCAGCACUGGCCACCAGGACCAACAGCAAGUUCAACAAGAAGCCCAAGGGCAAGCCGAGCAAAGUGAAGCUGGACCCAGAUGUGAUGGCCAGCUUCAUGCGGCAGAUGAACCCCGCUUCAUAUUCUGCUGCUGGCUCCACCACCACCACCACUAACAAC